UUGUCAAAAAUUUAACUUUCAACUUGAUCUUGUAAAUUCACCAAACGAAGAGAUAGGUAACUAUCUAAAAAUCAACAAGAACCAUCAUACUACCACAUCACUGCUUUCAAUAAUAAUGUAAUUAAAUUUAAACGUCACGAUAUGGAUGACACGGAAAGCACAACAACAUCAGCGGAUGAGAACACUGGCAACUUGUGUGACAAUCCGACUAGAGAUACUCUCGCCGAGGGUCUCUUAGGCUUGCUUAAACCAACAGUAGACCAAUUGGAUGAUCGAGUGAGAAUUACGAGGAUUUCACAGUUAGAAUUGAAGCAACAGAUUGAAUCUUUAAACGAAGAGUUGCUCAAAGUUAGAGAGGCACUUAAUAAUCAUCCAGAUUUAGACCCCUAUGUCAAGAAACUCAUAGCUUGUAAACAUAAAGUUACAGUUGUGCUUAAUGUUUUACAAGCAUCCCAGGACAGACUUAAUGAAAUAAGACGAAUGAUCAAUAAAGAAAAGACUGUUCGACCAACAGUGACUGAAACAUUGCAAGAACCACAACAAAGUACAAGCAAUAUUAUUUCAGACCGUGGGUGUAUCAACUAAUAUAAUGGAUACU